CUCGCGGUAUACCUUUUUUGAGUUGCAGAAAUGGGUGAUGAUUUGUUGUUUGUACCUGAAUCAAGUUUGCAGCAGCCUACAACGUCCAAAAGACAAAAACUGACAUCCACGGUUUCUUUUGACAAUUUAGUGUCACACUGGGGCCUAAAUAAUUUAGAGAUAUUAGGUCUUUUCUAUGCAGAGAAGCCUGUUGACAUUAACACACUUCUUGAUAAAUCGUUGUCGUACAAUUCACAAAUAUUGCAUUUGUCACCAAGAUUGAAGACAUUUAUAACAAUUCUAGAACGAUUUCUCAAUUUUGAUGUCAGUUUACCAGAUGAUUAUUCCGAAGGUGAACAAAGGGAAGAUAGACGAGCACGAUGGACAAAUGAAAUGGAAGCAUUAGCCAGGUGUAAAAUAGAGGCAGAUAAAGUGUAUAAAUAUGAAGAAGUUAUUGAUAAUGAAACGCAAAUUGAUAAUGAUUUAUUAUGUCUAUUUGAUAGUAUAAUGGCGUCUGUGAGAGAGUUUUAUAAUGACCUGAAACAAUUUAUGGUAGACAGUAAACUGAAUCGCUGUACAGAGGGUUCAUACAGAGAACUCAGCAGAGCAUUUUUAAAAGCAUGUGGACUUGGAAUCAGAGCUGGAAAUGUAAUGAACCAAACAUUUGAGAUUGGAGAGCUGACUGUAAAAUCAGUGCCAGACCUGAGAUGUUGUUUCCAUAGUAACAGUUCAGAAGUUAAUUAUCAAGUAGAAACUGUUCUUGUGAUAGGAGAGAUAAAAAAGUGGAAGAGGAAUUGGAAAUUGCUUCAUUCAAUGGAUUUUAGAUCACAACAUCUUCAACCUUGUAAUGUCCUCGGACAACAUGGUGGUCAAUUAUUACUUGAGACUAACAGUACUAGUUUUAGAAUAGGAGUAGAUUCAGGACAUCAACCUAGUAGACUUGUGUAUGGAGCCAUUGUUAUUGGUACACAGGUUAUUUUUACUGCUCUAGAAAUAUCUGAACAGCACCUGACUGAAAUUGAAAAUGUGAAAACAUAUAAAGGAAGAAUGGAAAAUGAAAAUAGAACUGGCAAUUCAACUAUUUCAUACACAAGACCUUAUGACUACUUGAAAGCUUCUGAAAGAUCCUUGCUAUAUGAAUCUUUAUUGAGGUUCGCCUGUUACCAGAAAGGACUGACAUGAAAUAUUAAACUUAUGGAUGCCAUACUUAAAACAGCAGUUACAUAAAUAUCUUUUUUUAACUGAUACAGGAUAUUGUUCGCUACCUUAGUCAUGUUAGUGAAGUUUGAUAGAUUAUUUUUAUGAAGAUAGAAAAAUACAAAGUGUUUGUGUUCAGCAAUGUCCACUAACAGUCAGCAGUGUAUUUCUGGAAACAGUGAUCAAAUAAUGUGUCUUAAUGUCUGAAUAUAGGAACAUUGGAAGUCAAUGAAUUGUUAUUAAAAUUAACA